GCCCAUUCUUGGAUAUAUAGAAAAAAAUAGGCUUUUGUUACUGCUAUGCGGAAACUGUAGUGCGUAUUCAAAAAUAGGUUGUCUAUUUCACGUAAUUAUUCAGUGAUUAAUGACUGUUGCAUCCCUUUUCUACGGGCAAUAUAUUGCAGAAACUUCAAAAUUCAAUUAUAUAUUCGGCCUAAAUAUCCCAAAGAUGAGUGGGCAUAUUUGUAAUUUAAAUAAAAAAAAAAAAUUGCUAACAAAAACUUACUCUUGCGUAAUGAAACAUUGCCAUAAAGAACACGCCCUGUAGUAAGAAAAAAAAAGUGGUUCAGAGAGGAGCUCUCAUUCCCUUCUACUUAGAAUACGUACAUCGCAAUAGUUAAAGGUUCAAAGAGAUAUAGUGAAUAUUUUAUGUGUUUAAUUCAAAGGAAAAUGAGCAUUUUGAAAUGUUUUCUGCGGUCAUGCACAGGCUACUCUCAUUACUGGCAAGCACAAGCAAAGCAAAUGGAAUUCUAUGCUUACAGGAGCUACACCUCUACUGUUAAUGACGAUGGUUCAAACGAAGUUAAAAUUGAAGUUCCAUGGGGUGUUAUUGCAGGCAAGGAGUGGGGACCAAAAUCAGGCAAGCCAGUGUUAGCUGUCCAUGGCUGGCAAGACAAUGCAGGGAGCUUCGACAGAUUAGUGCCUCUUUUGAAAUCUGAUUUGAGAAUUCUUGCCAUUGACUUACCAGGACAUGGCAAGUCUUCUCCCUUUCCUCCGGGUAUUUUCUUCCAUUACAUGGACUAUUUGCUGAGUAUUAAUAGAGUAGUGAGGCAUCUGGAAUGGGAUAAAUUCAUUUACAUGGGCCACAGCCUUGGAAGUAUUCUAGGUUACAUAUACUGCUCAACCUUCCCAGAAACUGUAGAAAAAUAUAUCGGAAUAGAAGCCCUAAAACCUAAGGUCUUUCCUGCAGAGAAGCUUCAAAAGAUCAACAGGAAAAAUGCAGAGACUUUCUUCAAAAUUGAAGGAAUGAAAGCCAAUACUCAGCCAGUUUACUCCUACGAAGAGGCCGAGAGAAGAAUGCUAAAAGCUUAUGAUGGUUCGAUUAACGAGCAAUCAUGUGAAGUACUUUUAAGGAGAGGCUUGAAAGCGACUGGAAACGGGUAUACUUACAGUCGGGAUCCAAGGGUAAAGGUUGGCCGGCUUGAUUUAGGGUACUCGGAGGAAAACUUGAUGGCAUAUGCAUCCAAUAUGAGUUGUGAAGUCCUCAAUAUAAAGGCUAAAAAUGGCCUUGAUUAUGAACCCAAAGAGAUAUAUUAUGGUGCUGUUGAAGCUCUGAAGAAAACAGCUCCAAGAGUCCAGUUUGAAGAAGUCGAAGGCACUCAUCAUCUCCACCUCAACACUCCAGAAAAUAUAGCUUCACUUAUAAGUGAAUUCAUAAGUUCAUAAUGAUAUAUUAAUUAGGGCAUUGUGGAGCUGGUUGAGAUUAUAUGAGGUAGAUAAUUUAUUUGAGUAUUUGAUUUAGGAUAGUAAUUGAUAUUUAACCUGAGAACUGGACAGUUAUGAAGUUAUUAAAUAACAAUUAAGUUCAUAUACAGGCAAUUUGUUAUUAACAUGGAAUUCCAUUACUGUCUGUUACAGUUUUCAGGUUUUCACCCAUUUCUCCUGACCGGGAAUGUAUAUACUAUAUAAUAGAUUUCUGACUCAAUUUAUUUAAAUUAAUUUAUUUAAAUUAUAGUUAAUAGGAAGCUGAAAAGGUGAAAAGAGAAAUAUAAAAGUUACCAUUGGAUUCACCUUGCUAGUCAAAAUUUCAAAAUUAGGUUGUUAAAUUAUUAAAACAUUUCCUACUUUCUGUACCAUUUCUUAUGCACAAGUAUUAUGGUAAUAUUUUCUCAUAUAUUAUUUCAUAAUUUUGUAUGACUUUAUAUCUAUAUCUAUCUAUCUGUGUGUAUAUAUAAACAUUAAACAUCAUUUGGCAAUACUUCAUUUAUCACAAGAGAUAUGUAUUUUAAUUAUAGGUAAAAACCUGAAAAUAAAAAUUAAUAAAAUGUAA